UUAAAUAGUGUACGAUGCAAUCAGCUUGAAAUGGCUCUUAAGUUAAGAAAGCUAGCGCAAAACCAGCAGAAGCUGUUCUUUCGACUGUUUUCCAAGACGCAUUCAGAAGCUGGUCAUCCCGAAAUAUCUGUGGAACGAGGAAUGCCGGUUCUGACUAUCCCACUCCCCUCGAGGAGAGAAAAAUGCCAGUUUACUCUUAGACCGAUUGGUGCAACUGUUGGUGACCUUUUAGACGAUAUCUCAAAAGAGGACGGGGGAAUCGACAGAGCUGCUGUUUUUACAACAAAUGACGUAAGAGUUUCCAAAUCAACAAAAUUGGGUGAUCUGCUGAUGAAUGACUUCAAACUAGUGAUUAAUUCGGACAGUUUCACAAUUCCGGCGACUAGACAUGGCGCUUUUGAUUCGGAGCAUUCGACUGAACUUGACAAUACCAAGAGUCUAAUCUACACGCUGUACACUAGUUUAAAUGCAGAAGAGCAUGCUCUUGAGAAAGAGAAGAGGUUGAUCACAGAUCUGGAACAGCUCCGCCUAGAAAUAGCUCCCCUUGAAAAGUUGAAGGAAGAACUGAUUAAGAGCGCAGAGAGAAGAAGUGCUGUUGUGAUGUGGGUAGGCGGUGCCUGGAUGGCGUUCCAGUUCGGCCUGUUCGCCAGACUGACCUGGUGGGAGUACAGCUGGGACAUAAUGGAGCCAGUGACCUACUUCGCUGGCUACUUCACGGCAAUGGUGGCCUACGGAUAUUACCUCAUAACCCGACAGGAGUACAUUCUUCCAGACGUGAAGAACCGUUCGUUCCUCAUCAGUUUCUACAAAGGAUCGAAGAAGAAGCAGUUUGACGUGACCAAGUACAAUGACCUGCGAGAUCAAAUAGCCCAGAUUGAGCUGGACCUGAAGCGUCUCAGGGACCCUCUGGCUCUUCACUUGCCCAUCCUUCCUCCCAAAACUCCAGAUGAAGUGGGCCCACGUGAAUAAUCUAGCAGGGUGUCAUAUGAAAACUUUGACGAUACCGAAACUUCUGGCCCGCUGAUUGCUUGUUGUCGAAUUGUCGUCAAAGAAGCUCUGAAAUUGCAGAUAUUAAUGUUGAUAGUCCCAACUACGCGUUAGAUGUCUAUCUUUUUUUAUUUUUCAUUUAAAGUGAAAGGCGUUACUAGAUUUGCUUUAUAAGCUUAUGUUACAAAAUAGAUAAUUGACUGCAAGUGUAAAUUCUUAACUUUCACAUUUUUGUCGAAUUGCAGACACAGAUGCAGUUAAAAACGUGCCACAGAAUGUGAAUUUUGCAGACUUAAAUAAUUAACGCUAAUUAGAUGUGCCUUUACUGAUAAUAUCGUAAAAAGUUUUGAACGAAUUUAUUCAAAUUAUA